UACAGGGGGCUCGCUGCUCUUCAGUUUCUCUCUGCUUCCCGCUAGCUGGGUGGUUCUGUAUGGUGACCGCUGUGAUCCCCAACAACCCAGAUGGCAUCUGAGGCACUCUGUAAAGUGGGGUGUGGGGAGGAGACCCCACUGAAGAAGGAAAACCUCAGUGUGAUAAAUGCGCUCGACCAACUGCCAAAGCCCCUUCCAAACCCCAAGUUUAUGAACCGGACCAUCACCACCAAAGGACGCCCGCUUUCCUCACCAGGCUCUCUGGCUAACUUGGAGGCAGAUCCCACCAAUCCUGUGAAGCUGAUGCCAGGGGAGGAUUCCGAGUUCAGCUCCGAUGACACCAGCAUUUCCCCCAUGUCGUCCACCUUGCUGAACCCUGUCAAACUGGCCGUGACCCAGCCCAACAGCAGCUUCUUCGCCGGAUUGCUGGAGGGCAAACUGAACAAACUCGGCAUUCCCUUGAUGGCCAAGAACACAGCCAAGGAGGAGGACCUGGCCCUCUGCCCUUGCUCAUCUUCAUCCCAAGUGGUCCUCAGGGGCCUGGUGGACCUUGACAAAUCCGAGCUGGACACAGACACCUCCUCCACACGCUCGGAAUCCACCGUUGUCAUGGAUGUCCCAGAGGCCCCCUUCAUCUGCGAGCACACUGUCAGCGACACCACAGCAGUGAUUUCCUGGACCAAUGGCUUGGGUAAGCAGCAGGUCAGUUUCUACCAAGUCCUGUUACAAGAGAUGGCCAAGAGGAAAGAAAAUGAGCUGCCCAAGACAAAAAACCGCCCCUGGAUCUUCAACAAGAUCUUGGGCACCACCGUCAAGCUGAUGGAGCUGAAGCCUAACAAGAGCUACUGCCUCACCGUCCGCGCGGUCAACACAGCUGGGGUGGGGAAAUGGUGCAAGCCCUACAAAUUUGCAACUAUGGCCAGGGACGUAAGCAGCUUCCCUGAGAGCAGCCCCAUCUACAUCACCGUGAAGCGCAAGGAACCCCAGCGGAGAAUGGUGCACAUGGGGCCGGAGGACAUGCGGAAGCUGGAGGACCUGGAAUACCUCACUCCCUACUAGCAGAGGGCCCAGAACGCCCCUUGUUGGCCAUCCGCUUUGGCCCAGGGCCCUCAGGAAUGAGAACCUUGCCAGAGACCCACUGACUACCCUGCCACCUCAGGGCCUGGUGGUACUGGUACCAGGAAGCACCCCUGGGCCAGAGCCAAAUUCACCUGGAAACACCGCAGCUCCCUACCCCCAUUAAAGAACUGCAGGUCACCCAGCA